AUGGCAACAAGCGACGGAUUUCCCAUAGUAAUAGUUGUCACAUUCAUAUGUGUUUAUUUCCUAAUCUUCCUGUCGUCUAUCGUGGGGAACUCAUUCGUUCUUUGGCUGUGUUACAAACUAAAACGACAACGAGAGUCUUCUUUGACGUGUUGUAUCGCCAACUUGGCAAUUGCAGACGUAGCAUUUACGGUACUGUCCAUUUUUGACUUGGUAACAUUCUUAUGGACCUGGGUAGGCGGCGAGAUAUCCUGUAAAUUACAAAGCUUUUCCAUUGAAGCAUGCUACUCCACCUCCAUACUGACUCUUGUUCUUAUCAGUUUUGAGCGUUUGAAGGCUGUGGUAGACCCUUUAAGUGUCAGACUCAUCACAAAGGAAUACAUGCUACGAAAGUUAAUAGCCGUUUGGUCAGUUAGCGCAGUCGUCGCUUCGCCUUUGUUUUAUGCUUAUCAAACCCAAACAGAUGACACAGGAACCGUUUCCUGCACGAAUAGCAUGUUCGGGGAUAUAGCGCGACAGAUCUAUUACACUAUUCACGCAUUUUGUUUUUUCCUUGUACCUCUUGCCUACAUGAUAGUUGUUCAGAAGAGAAUUUUUCUUUCCUUAAGCUCAAGCGUUGCAUCAAAUACAUCAAACACCAUAGCUUCCAUGCGCUAUAAGCGGCAUUACAAAGUGGCCAAGGUCUUAGCAGCUCUUACAAUAGCGUUUGUAACGUGUUGGUCACCUUUCAUGGUCACACGCACGAUGAUGUACUUCCAUCUCACUAAUGGUGGUUACGUAUGGCGAGUGUCUCAGUUAUUGAUUCUGUUAAAUACAGUCUUAGAUCCAAUAUUAUACGGAGUCUACGGAGAAUCUAUGAGGCGGUAUGCUCGAAGUUUAUUCAAGAAAACAGGAUGGACUCCGUUUCCUCGUGUGGACCCUCUCCGCGACCGACAAGAAACAAUGCAAGUAACGGAUUCACAAUCCAUGGAGGUGUUAGCUGCUUAA